UUGUAAUAUCAUUUUGUUCCGGUACAAACGUAAGGUUCAAAAAUGCUCCUGGCAGAAAGGCGCAUCUCCGGGUCACCCUGACAUGCCAAGUGUUCCACGGCCAAGUUCAAACUCCAGUCCAGGCAUAACUCCAGUGCAUUCUAGGGCACCAACUCCUCUGCUCAAUCGAUAUCGCCAGCGUUUUGUGUACACCGAGCCCACUGAUGGCCUCCAGUCUCGCUCACAGUCCAGAGCUCGACCUGGUCGACGGUUUUCCCUUGAUGUAGACGGAGGAGAAGACCCUAUUUCGAAUACAGCUCGUCGAGGACCAACGGCAAGAUUUGCUUCUCCAGUCCACGAAAAGCAGCACUCGUUUGAAAAAACUGAAACAGAUACCAUUCGUACUAAAGAUGGCGUCGAAAUAUAUCCUAGAGACCGACGGGGCGAAGAAUUGGAUAAAAACGCGCGCAUUUGGCGCAUAUACACGGACGAGGCGCGCAAAGCCGACGCACGGAUGACAGAGGGCUGGAAUCGAAGCAUAGAUGUGCUGCUCGUUUUCACUGGAUUAUUUUCCGCCGUUCAGACAACAUUCAUCAUCCAAACAUACCAGAUGAUGGUCCCCAAUGAUUCCGGCACAACUAAUGCCCUCCUUGUCCGACUGAUUUCACUGCAAUCUGGAAAUACGAACCUAACCGACUUACCUACCACAUCCUCUGUACCGCCGACUCACUGGGUCAAUGGACUCUGGUUCGCCGCGUUGGCAUGCAGCCUCUCCACUGCUCUCAUUUCGAUGCUCGCAAAACAGUGGCUGCAGGCCUAUGUCCCGCAUGUUUCUGGUACUCUUCGAUAUUGCUCACGCCAACGACAAUCACGCUACAUGCAACUGGAAGCAUGGCACGUCCCUGCUAUCAUAGAUGCGCUACCCCUCCUUUUACACAUCGCGCUGCUGCUGUUCUUCGGGGGCUUAAUUGUUCUCUUGUGGACUGCAGACCUCGCGAUCACCAUCGCGACAUGGGCAAUAGUUGCAUUUGCUUACAUUUUCUACCUCGCCUCUGUCUGCCUCCCUUUGAUGUAUGAUGAUUGCCCAUAUUAUCACCCUGUCACCGAUUACCUUCGUCAGGCCAUGGGAUCGCGAACCGCCAGACAUCCGGUCACCCAAGCCAAAACUCUCCUACAUGUGAAGAAAAAUCCAGAAGAUGGUGCUCGUAACGCAAGCCAUGACCUAGUAAAAUCAUCAGAUGCCGUGCUCGAAGAUAUUUUGGAUGCUUCAGCUUUAGUAUGGCUCUUUUCCAAAUCCGCCGACACCGACGUCGUUUCCGCCGCCUUGCAAGCUAUUGCGGGAUUGCCCCGAGAUUUCUCUGCCCUUGACGUCCUCCGUGAAGCCGGCGCAUUAGCUCUUGUGGAGCAAGUUUUCCAGGACUGCUUUCACAAGGACACUACCGUGGACCUACAAUGGCACUUGAUCGAUGCCGAUGGAGCAGAGUUGUAUUGCAGGGCAUGGAUACAGCUGACCCGAGGAACAUCUGAGCAGUGGCCUUUGGAGAUCAUCGAGCCUCUGUGGCUCCUUCAAGACUCCAAAUUGCAUCCUGAUGCCGCUGCUAUAGCUUCUUGUGCUGUGGCACUUUCCUCCUUUGAAUCUCAAGUGUCACAGUGGGAGCUGUUAGCGUAUCUCUCCAAAUGCGCAUCAGGCGAAUUGCAACUAUCUCAAGCAACUCAAUGUUGUUUGUUAGAUAGUAUCAUUGAAUGCAUGGUUCUUUGGGAGAUGCCUGCAGCCGUCAUUGAGGAGACAACAACUCGGGCGAUCCCCACCUUACUGCGAAUUCUACACCUCACUGGCGACUUGCCUACUUCCAACCUUCGGAGUGCAGCUGCACUGGCCCUCUAUGUGUUUACUCGCGGCCCGGUAAAUUUAACGGAUUAUAGGAAUGAAGACAAACGGAGGGCUGAUUACUGCGAGCUCACUCUCGAGUCCCUCUCGAUGCUCGUCGAAGCACCAGAGCGGUUUGGCGUUCGGGAUACUUUGAUGGAUAUAACUUCCCAGGAAUUAUGUCGCUUGGCCGCAUCCAUCGUUGCUCAGUCCGAAAGGUUUCCACAGCCGUUAAGAGACAUUGCCAGGUCCAGCCUAUCCCAACUUUUCAUUGAUGGCAAGAUUGGAGUAGGAAUUGUUCCAGAGUCCGUACUUUCCGACGUGCUGAGAUUGCUAUAUCCACCAUUCUGUGUUCCUGAUACCAGAAGGCCUCUGUUCGUUACUACCUUGGUCGAAACAUUGGGAAUAGCUUCUCAUCCCGACAUCACUGGUUGGUCGGUUAGAUUGCUGGAAAUCUUGUUGCAUCGAUGUUCAGUAGAUGUCUUGAAAGCAUUCACUGACAGCAACGGCAUAAACGCUGUUCUUCGCGCAACAAAAGCAGGUUUGGUGGACAGCCGUCGGCUCCAAAUUGACAGUCUAAGAACACUGUGCGCCUUCAUCGAUAGCAGCACCCGUCUGUCUAUCGAAGGAAAGCGGGAUUCUAUAGUGGAUAACCAAUUCAACCUUGUCUUUGAGUCCGACUUCUUCGAUACCCUCGUCUCUGUAAUAGCGGAGCGACGCUGGUGGCUAUUCGAGAUAUCUGGAAGAUUGUGGUCAAGGUUUUCCGAGACUUUGCGGAGAGAAACGUCGGGGAGGACGGGUACAUGGAGACUUUGCGCCACUUGGAUACUAUGACGAAGCUGUAUGAGCACACUGGAAAUGGGUCCGUCCAAGAGACAGACAAGGUAGCGUGACGUCCUCACGCCCACCAGUCUCUUGCCGUAUCCAGCCGGAGCAACA